GAGUGAAGGUCAAAAAUGACCAUAUUUAACUGUGACCGCAAAUACUGGGUCACUGGCUAGAGCACAUUUUUGUGAGCUGAUGGGUUCGUUUCCGGUUGAAUACGUUUAAUGGAUUAAUGUGCUUAACAAUUAUAGUGAGCAGGGAUCCACACCAUCUACGAUGUCGUUAGCCGCAAAUGUUUUUGAAUUAGAUUUGGAAGAAAAGAAAGAUUCAGAUGACGAAAUUCUUGACUAUGAACAGGACAGGAAUGGCCCGGGACUGGAUAUUGAUUCUUUGUCCAGCCAGGCCAAUGUGACAGUAGUUUCUCUAGAUGACCAAGAAGUUAGACCUCAAGGAUAUGACAAAUGCUCUACUCAAGACUUCCAGCUUCUCAAUGUUUUGGGCAAAGGAGGUUAUGGAAAAGUUUUUCAGGUUCGGAAGAUCACAGGCAAAGAUUAUGGCAGUAUUUAUGCCAUGAAGGUUGUCAAGAAGGCGGUGAUUGUAAGGAACCAGAAGGACACGGACCACACCAAGGCAGAGCGGAACAUUCUUGAAACUAUUAAACAUCCAUUCCUGGUGGACCUUGUGUAUGCCUUUCAAACCCAAGACAAACUCUACCUCAUCUUAGAGUAUCUCUCUGGUGGUGAGCUCUUCAUGCAUCUUGAGAGAGAAGGCAUCUUCUUAGAGGACACUGCCAGCUUUUACUUGGCAGAGAUCAUUGUGGCUCUUGCUCACCUCCACAAAGGCCAUGUACUCUACCGCGACCUCAAACCUGAAAACAUUCUGCUUGAUGCUGAAGGCCAUGUCAAGCUUACUGAUUUUGGAUUGUGCAAGGAAAAGAUUGGUUAUGAUGGCAGCAAGGCACACACGUUUUGCGGCACCAUUGAGUACAUGGCACCAGAAGUGAUCUUGCGCCGGGGCCACGACCACGCGGCCGACUGGUGGAGUCUUGGUGCUCUCAUGUACGACAUGAUGACCGGCUCGCCGCCUUACACUGGCGAGACCCGCAAGAUAACAUUUGAGCGCAUCAUGAAGGGAAAGCUGCACCUGCCACCUUACCUUUCCCCGGACGCCAGAGACCUCAUCAAGAAGCUCCUCAAGCGGAAUGCCAGCGCCCGCCUUGGCUCUGGCCCCGAUGACGCCAAGCCCAUCAUGGAGCAUCCGUUCUUUAAGGACAUCAACUGGGACGUGGUGCAUCUCAGGAAGCUCGAGCCGCCCUUCAAGCCUCCCGUCAAAGGUGUUGAGGAUGUAAGCCAGUUUGACGUCAAGUUCACAAAACAAGUCCCAGUUGACUCACCGUGCGACACGAUGCUCAGUGAAUCGUACAACAAAAUCUUUGAGGGUUUCACAUACGUGGCACCCUCGGUACUGGAGAGCAUGUUCAAAGACAACAACUCCUUCGGGCCAUCGCAGUCUCACAGGACGCGUAGCAAGAUCUUCAGUCCCCCUGGCGGGCCAUGCUUCUCGCCACCACUCUCACCAGACAAGACCUUCUCUGUGACGCCGUCAGCGUUCAACCCUGGUGCUGUACCCUUCAUUCCUGGAGGCGCUACUCAUCACGGUGUUCCGAUUGUUAACAACUCCGUAGCCUUCAAUCCUAAUGCGGUGCCUUUCACGCCCGCGGUCGGCGGCUGCGCCGCUCCUAGUUCAUGUAACGGAGGAGACUCCGAGACCAUGGAGGUGUCAGAGCCUAUUGCUGUGGUGGGUGGCUCUGGUCCUGUGCUUGUUCCCAGCCAAACACGACCAUCAGAUGUGCCUGCGCCUCGUGGCAAUAACUGGCACUGGCCGCACUAAUGCUGGCUUCUUUAGGAUCGUCGUAGGAAUUCUUGGUUUGGUGACUAGCUCGUAUCCUCAGUAGAGGCUUCUCUUGUGAUGACCUAUUGCAGUGGCUCAAAGUGCUGUUCUUUAUUAAAAUGUUGACAGGAAUUCAUGGCAGAAAGGAAUCAUCCUUGUCCUGUUAUUUAAUGUAAUUUUUAGUGACUCAAAUUGAAAAUUGAAGUCUCAUUAAAAACUCGCAUUGAUAACAUAAACAUCUUAGUCAAUAGUUCAAUUGCACCCUGACACUUCAUUGAAGUAAGGGUGCUCAUGAGCGAGGCAGUUGCUUCUCUCAUGUUUACAUUGCAGACGCCAUAGUAUGAUAUUCAUAGUAACGCCUAGUUUUAAAUGACUGAAGCAAGUGUUGCAGGUGUGUCAAAGCCCUCACCGAGGGAGCUGUGUUCUGGUUCUUCCAUGUGCCGAGCAGCUGAGAAGCUCAUCAGUUGUACUCAUGAAGUCAUUGCCUUAUCGCACAGUUGGAACCACAAAACUUUUUCACAUUGUUUGUGUAAUGAGUUAGUUAGGUAUUCCUUUGGUACUUUUAUAAUUAACUUGGAAAUUGUUGUAUAGCUUAUCUUAGCGUUUAAUGGUAGACAUCGAUCGUGAUUUUUAACUCCUACGGUGUUAUUUCUCCGCCCGCUGUCCUAUAUGAGUGUGGUUAGUCUUAGGAAUGAGCUAAGUUUUGAAGCUCCGACUAAACAAUUCUUUCGUUUCUGUUGUAAUAUUUCCUUCUUUUUUUAAACUAGUGACCUAUGCAAUUGCAAGAGAUUUUCUUUUCCAUGAACUCGUGCUCCUGCCUAUGUGCAUCCUUCCUACGCCGUGGCAUAGUUUCAUGAAGCUUCAGGCUUUAUGUUUUUCCUUUUGUUCCUCGUGGCACAGUUAUGCCAGUUUUCUCCCUUGAACCUUGCGCGACGCUUCUGAUUUUUUCCUACGUGUCUUGGCUGUCGCUCGACUAGUAGAAUUUGCAUUUUAUGCUUCGUGUUUUCCCAAUUAUCUUUGUCUAUUUUAAGGUGUGUUGGUCGUAUCGUCUUGAACCUUGGAGAGAUAGUGCCUUUUGAUUACUCGAAAAACUGGCUGAACAGAGCGCCUGGCUUUAAAGAGAUGGUAGUGAAAUUCAAUGGAAUCGUCACCCGGUAUUCCUCAUGACUACCAAUUGAAAUUCAGCCAACAAUAGGAUUCAUCCACGAAAUUUCUUGAUUGUAAUAAUAAAGAGAAAACCGCUUGGAUGAUGGAAAGAAUUUUUUUCCACAACUUGAAUUUUGCCUUGCUCUGUCUAAGAGGCUAGCUUUCGAUCAUAGAUUACUGCUGAUUUCCUCAAUUAUUACGUAUAUUCCGGCAAAUUUUCAGGUGGCCGAAUGAAUUUUUUUUAGUUCCCAUAAAAUCGCUUAACCUUCCUAGUGCGGUGGUGCCUUUUGUCUGGUAUUGAUCUUAUCUGUCUGGUAUUGAUGGUUGUCUGUUCAGUUAACCUCGCACAAAUUUAUUCAGAUACUCUUGCGUUAACAGUGACGCACAAAGACUGUAGCUCAGAAAUGGGAGAAAACUAUUAAGUCCUAAUUUACAUUUUAUCUGCAGUGGCGACUCAUAUUUGUACGAAUCAAGGUCGAGUCUCUCAACAUACUCGUGCGUAUGAUGCGUACUGCACGGAUACGUGCAAGUGUAUUGGUUGUUAGCUUCGUUUCGUACAGUAUUGGCAAUGAUUAACUCAUUUCUUAUAUUCAUUUUCAUAGUCAGCUUUGAUCUGACUCCGGCAAGGAGAGAAAUGAACGCAAAAUUCUCAGUUUCAUUGUAUUAUUACAGGACUCUUGUGUACAUACUAUACCUACUGCUGUUCAGUGAACUGCAAUGUGCUGGUCCCGCUCAGCAGAGCAAAUUAAUAUGAUUACGUAGCUUUGAUACUCCAUGCCAAGCUAACUCUCCUGUUGGCUGAUAUUUUUUCCGUGCUAUUAACGCAGAACGUUGUCAUGGAAGCAGCACAAUUAGAGCCGCUAGACUGUUUUGGGGGACAUUAAAAUCUGAGUCUUGAAGCAUGCAACUGUUCAAAGCCAUGAACAUAUCACAUAGGCGUUUUAGAUUUCGAGUUAAUAAAUACUAUAUGUUAUUGUUUCAGCACUCUCGCACUUGUUCUAAAACUAUUGUUAAUGAUUGAGUAAGGAUUAUUCAUUUCUAGAGUCUUAUACGAGUUCAUUUGGUAUUUCUUUGACCUAGACCGGGGACUGUGUGGUUUGGCAUCAGUGUGUGAACGUAAUUCUAAGCCUCCAGGGUUCUGCACAUCUAAUUUAUACCGCACAGUUGCGUCACGACAACGAAUUUACAUCUCCCUUUAAUUUGCUCUUCAAAUAUAUAGAGAUUCAUUUAUCUUUAUUUUUGAUGCAUAAAAAUGAAGAUCCUAAUGAUGCUUCCUUGUGAAGGAUUGUAGCCACAUUACCAACGAGAAGUUGUCCUAACUCAUCGGGUGGUAAACCCGCCAAAUUUCCUCCUACUGGGAUAUUAUUGACACCUAAGUCAUGCUAUAGCCUGAAAAUCACGGAGCUAAUUUGACUGAAAUAAAGUUUAUAUCUGUUUUUUAUUUCUGGAUUGCUAUUAAAGUUUAAUGUGUGGGGGCACAAAAAUUCAUAAUUCGAAGCAAUCAUUUAACAUUGAAGUAUUUGUAUGUUGAAUAUAAAUUGAGGGAUGUUACUUUUUAACGUCCUGGAUGUUAUUUAUUCUGGGUUCUUAUUACAACAUUAAUUUAAUAAUUAGAAAGCAUUGGGGUCGUGUAUCUCCGAGACUCGUUUGUUACCAGUGGUGCCGCUGGCAUGAGUUAUUGAUCGGAAUCUAUCGAAUUGAAUAUUCCUUUCCGCAGUCGAAUCUCGACACCUACUCAAGCACGGAAACUCCCUUCAUGUGGUUUCCUGCAUUCGUUGCGUCGCAGAGUCUGACACGAUCUUCGUUUUGCCAUCAGAGAGUCUAAUGAUUUAAUGGAGUUUACUAUACUUAGUGAAUUUGCAA